UGGUGCGGAGCGCAAGGGAUCGGCAGGAAGAAAAGGAGCCGGAUCCCGGCUCACACAGCAGCUCGAACCCAACCAGAGGCACACACAGAUAGAGUGAGGGAAGCGGCAGGAGAGGAAAGAGAAACUGCGAGAGGAAAGGCCACGAAGGGCAAACGCACGACGUUGUCUGGGGAGGAGAGCUGCAGAGCUUACCUGGGCUCCGAAUUUGAUGCGAGAGAUUUGUGCCCGUUUGGGAGAGGGAGAAGGCUUGACGGCAGCGCUCAAGAAGCCUCAUACAUGCUUGGAGAUUACUCUCGAAGUUAAAACUCAGAAGAUCUCAGAAAGUUUAUACCUGGGGCCCCCUUGGUUACUUGCGUACCGCAGGCGAUUUCACCUUCGCGCGAUUCGAGAGAGGGGGAGUCGGAGACAUCGGAGCCUACAAACCCCUCAACACUCCUGUCCAAACCUUUCGAGAUACCUUGAAAGUUAUCACUUAAGACAAAAGGUGUGGAGAAAUCGCCCGGGGACGGCAGGAAGAGUGUGAGAGGUGUUGAGAAUCACUGGAAGUGUUUCCAUGGCAUGUUUGUCAAUGUUGCAUUUCGAGAGCGGCUGUUUCUCCCUGCAGUAAAGAGCCGAGCUGGAUAUUUUUGUUUUGUUUUCACCGGAGCGGCUAGGAGUUUCCUCUCAGUUCCAGCCGGUUAUGGUUUGAGGCUGGCAUCAGGUGUCUGACUGCGGCGUGCCCUAAGGCGUUGGAGAAGGAGUGGGUAGGGUGCGUGGAGAAGAUGGGAGCUGGGGGCCAAGAGAUGUGGCUGUGCUGACCCAAUGCAGGAGUAAGUUGGCCUUUAGGAGAUCGGAGGCGGACUGUGACCAUACCCUGUGCCCACUUGGCCAAAGAAGAGGCCAUGCUCCGAGCGCACAGCUCCCUCAUGCUGAAACUGUGCCUGCUGGCAAUGGCGGGCGUCGCUGCCUGUGCCUCCAAGGCAAUGGUUUGCCAAGUGAUCACGGUGCCCAUGUGUAGGGGGAUUGGCUACAACUUCACCUACAUGCCCAACCAGUUCAACCACGACAGCCAGGACGAGGCUGGCCUGGAGGUCCACCAGUUCUGGCCCCUGGUGGAGAUCCAGUGCUCUCCUGACCUCCGGUUCUUCCUGUGCAGCGUCUACACCCCGAUCUGCCUGGCGGACUACAAGAAGCCCCUGCCACCGUGCCGCUCGGUCUGCGAGCGGGCUAAGGCCGGCUGCUCACCCCUCAUGAGGCAGUACGGGUUUGCCUGGCCCGAGCGGAUGAACUGCGACAAGCUGCCCGUCCUCGGAGACCCUCACAACCUGUGCAUGGACUACAAUCGGAGCGAGGCCACCACCCUGUCUCCUGCCUUCCGCAAGCCCACCCUCGUGCCCGACAAGGACUUGAAGCCACCGUCCUGGCCCCGCCCUGGGCACCAGCCAAGGGAGUGCCAUGGCAGGUGCCGGUGCAGGGAGCCCCUGGUCCAGAUCUCCAAAGAGAGUCACCCGCUCUACAACAAGAUCAAGACCGGCCAGGUGCCCAACUGUGCCAUCCCGUGCUACGAGCCCUACUUCAGCGAGGACGAGCGGACCUUUGCCACCUUCUGGAUCGGCCUGUGGUGCAUCUUGUGCUUCCUGUCCACCUUCACCACCGUCUGCACCUUCCUGAUCGACAUGGAGCGGUUCAAGUACCCGGAGAGGCCCAUCAUCUUCCUGUCGGCCUGCUACCUCUUCGUGUCGGUGGGCUACAUCGUGCGGCUGAUCGCCGGCCACGCCAACGUGGCCUGCAACAAGGAGUACGACCACAUCCACUACGAGACCACCGGCCCUGCCCUGUGCACCCUUGUCUUCCUGCUCAUCUACUUCUUCGGGAUGGCCAGCUCCAUCUGGUGGGUCAUCCUGUCUUUCACCUGGUUCCUGGCGGCUGGCAUGAAGUGGGGCAAUGAGGCCAUCGCCGGCUAUUCCCAGUAUUUCCACAUGGGAGCCUGGCUGAUUCCCAGCAUCAAGUCCAUCGCCGUGCUGGCGCUGAGCUCCGUUGACGGAGACCCAGUGGCCGGCAUCUGCUACGUCGGCAACCAGAACCUGGAUAACCUGCGGGGCUUCGUCCUGGCACCUCUGGUGGUCUACCUCUUCACAGGCACCAUGUUCCUCCUGGCUGGCUUCGUGUCGCUGUUCCGGAUACGCAGCGUUAUCAAGCAAGGGGGCACCAAGACAGACAAGCUGGAGAAGCUGAUGAUCCGAAUCGGCAUCUUCACAGUGCUGUACACGGUGCCCGCCGCCAUCGUGGUGGCAUGCUUCAUCUACGAGGAGCACUACCGGGAACGCUGGGAAAGGGCACUCAGCUGCUCCUGCCCCGGAAACCAGCCACGGCCGCGGCCCGAGUAUGCCGUCUUCAUGUUGAAGUACUUCAUGUGCCUGGUGGUGGGCAUCACCUCCGGGGUCUGGAUCUGGUCUGGGAAGACUCUGGAGUCGUGGAAACGGUUUAGCAGUCGAUGUUGCCGGGCGAGGAAGCUGGCCAACGAGGCCGUGUACGGUGAGGCCAGUGCAGCUCUGACAGCGAGGACAGGAGUCGCUGGCUCUGCUUCCUACCACAAACAAGUGCCAAUGUCACAUGUUUAACAGCCCCUGGUCAAUGGGUUUGCUUAUAUUGUAAAUAGAUAGAUACAUAUAUAUAUAUUUAUAUAUAUAUAUAAUGAAAAAGUACACCGAGGUAUUAUUGCCUGUUAUCUCAUGAGUCUUUUACACUGUAAAUUUGUGGAUUUUAAUCAUUGUACAAUGUGCUAUUUUGUGGUGAGUGCAGAGUCGGUCACCUGUUGAUGUGCUGUACCAUCUGUGCUAAGAGCGGCCAGAAUCUGGCCCAUUCAAAACAGGAGGGAGCGGGUAAACUGCACGCUCAGUACCAUGACCGGACAGAAGAGAUGCACACGUUGCAAGGGUUAUACUUUGUUAUUGCAGUGCUUGGCUUGAUGGGGGAGGUGUCUCUUUUGUGCACACAUUUUCUAAAGCCCCAGGAGCUGUGCUAUUCAACAGGAUAUGAGAGGGGGGGGCACAGUAACAUGGUUAUGAUAAAUACCAGCACAGUUCAGAGGUGCUGUACUCUUCAUGUCACCCUGCUUCUCUCUCUGUGCUGCACUCUGUGCUUGGUUUGAUAGUCCAGCACCAUUGCCUGGUCCAGUUGAAAUAUUAACCUGGUGUUGUUAAGAUUACAGAUUGGUUAGCAGGAAUCAUUUUCUCCUGGGCUGCUUGGCACACCCUUGCUACUAGCAACUGGGCGAGGCUCUCUUUGCGCCUGCCCAAGGACAUAGCUAUAUAAGUCCCUUCCCCUGUGAUUUGUCUCCAGAAGCAAUCUGUUCAAGCCGCUGCUCAAGUCAGUAACUGGGGUGCUGUUUAUACAUCAAGCCACGAAAUGGUUUUGUGUGGUCUUCGAAAGCUCCCACAUCACUUAAAUCAUAGAGCAGAUGGGAACCUUGCUGGGCUAAGCUGCCUCUUCAUUCCGCCGUUUUAAAUCUUGAUUCAGAUUUAGGGAGAGCGGGCUGUAUUAGGAUUUAGUGUGCAAACCCAGGCAGUCUGUAUUUGCAGCAUGUUGCACUCGAAGGCAUCCCCAUCAGUGUCUGCAUUUAGGGUGGGCAGUGUAUGUGAAUCCAGAUGGUGAGUGCUCAUUGAAUGCGAAGGCACUACUAAUUCAGGCUUUAAGUAUACAUGCACAAAUCAUAAUGGUAAGCUAGUCUUCUGUUGUGUAAUUGCUGAAUAUAGAGAAAGAGAGCGAGCCUAGUAUGGGUGGGGGGGAGAGGGGCAUCCUAAACUGAUGGCAAGCAUGUGCCUGGCAUUGAGUGAUUUACAAUAGAACCUGUAGCAGAUAGAGCCAGUGCAUCUACCAGUGGUUGCACCUCUUUAGAAAGCUCAUUGGUGUGCACUGCCAGGUUUAAUGCAAUUACUCACUGCCAUCUUGAAUCACCGAUCUUGCCUCAGAGAGAAAAGAAGAGUGGGCAAUGUGGAGCUCAGCUCUCUAACCCAGAAAGGACCCAGCUUCCUAGUUCCGGUGUUGGAUUAAUUGGGGAAGGGGCUGGCUUCUCGAGUGUGAUACCCCUCAUAGUUGCUGCCUGCAGGUACACACCGGGCAUCUUUCACCUUGUGUUCCCCUGGUUUGGGGAAGAGGCCUCUGAAGUCAAAGCCGCUGACCUCUGUCAUCUGUGUACUGACUGAUCUCCAGAACAUCAGUUUCUUAGUUUUGGGAUUCUUAGCAAUCCCUUCAAAGCCCCCUGUCUUUGUAGCCCCUUCCAGCCCAACAAUCCUCUGGUCUCUGUGCUCCCUCAAAUCUGGCCUUUGCAUAUCCCUAGUUUCCCAUUGUUCCGCUGUUGGAAGCCAUUCCUUCAAUGGAUUAGACCACAGGCUUGGGAAUUCUGAUGAACCUUUGAUUGGACGCUCCUUAAAACAUGCUUUGUUUUAACUACUUGUCUGAACAAUUUUUUUUGUAUGGCUGACUAUCAAACGUGUGUCUGAUUGAUCUCCUUUGAAACACCUUGGAGUAUCUUGUUAUGUUGAAAGUUCUAUACAAACGCAAAGGAGAAGAGGGCAGCCCAGUCUGUCUUGCCCAGUUUUAAUGAUUAUUGCUGCCAACCAGUUCUCCCUUCCGCCUCCCUCAUUGAGCCUGCCUGAACAAAACAAGUCUGAAAUGCAGAGAUAGAUACAGGGAAAUCCUGAAAUUACUGCACACAAGUAUACAAUUAAGUACUAAUGUUUUAGCAGAGCCAAUGAUCCCUAAAAAAGUAGAACAAAAAUGAAGCGAGGCAGACACUGGAAAACUAGAAUGAGAAUAGGAAGUACUGAAAAUACUCAGCAGCAGUAAACUGCUCGGUGACACUCAGUUUGGGUUCUGCCAUGGUGACUCAGCUCCUGACCUCAUUACAGCCUUUGUUCGAACAUGGACAAAAGAGCUGAAUUCCAGAGGUGAGGUGGCCUUGACAUCAGGGCUACAUGCAACAGGGUGUGGCAUCAAGGAGCCCUAACAAAACCAGGAUCCAGCAGGUAUCGGGGCCAAGUCCCCACGUUUGGAGUCAUGUCUAGCACAUUGAAGGAUGGUUGUGGUUUCUGGAGUUCAGUCACAUCAGUUCCAGGAGUUCCUCAGGGUAGUGUCCUCAACGCAACCAUCUUCAGCUGCUUCAUCAAUGACCUUCCCGUAACAUCAUUAGGUCAGAAGUGGGUUGAUCAGCCAAUGAAUGCACAAUGUUCAGCACCAUUCGUGACUCCUCAGAUACCGAGGUAAGCCCACAUCCAAAUACGGCAAUUCUGGACGACACCCAGGCUUAGGUUGACUGGUGACAAAUAACAUUUGCACCAAAUAAGUGCCAGGCAAUGACCAACACCCAACACGAGAGAAUGUGUAACCAUUUGUACCUUAGUGUUCAAUGGCUUUACCACCACUGAAUAACCUCCUAUCAACAUCCUUGGGUGCAGGGGAAGGGUAACUCAUCUCCCUCAUGUCUGUCCACUGUCUAUAUGCACAUGUCAAGAGGGUGACUGAAUACUCUGCCCUGUUAGCUUCAACAAAAUUUAAGAAGAUUAACAUCAUCAAGGACAAAGUAGCCUGCUUGAUUAGCGCCCCGUCCACCACUUUCAACAUUCACUCCCUUCACCACUGAUGCACAGUCUGCCACCCACCAGAUGCACUGCACCCACAUAGCACCUUCCAAACCUACCGUUACCACUUAGGAUGACAAGGGCAACAGGUACAUGGAAACACCACCACCCACAAGUUCCCCUGCAAGCCAUUCACCGUCCUGAUUCGGAAAUACAAUACCGCUCCUUCACUGUCACUGGUUCAAAAUCUGGGAACUCCUCUCCUAAUUGUCCCAACACCCCAAGGACCGCAGCGAUUCAAAAGUAGCUCACCACUAUCCUAUUCAGGGCCAUUAUCCAGCCAACAGCUCCCACAUCCCACAAAAUGAGACGGAAAAAUGUCUGGCAAAACUUGGGGAGAGUGAAGCGCGAAUUGAAGUUUCAGAUCAAUGACCUUUCCAGUCAGAAUUGGAAAAUAUUGAGAUGUGUCAGGUUUUACAGAGGCAGGAAAGAAAUAAGUGAAAUAGAUUAGAGUGAGUUCUCCACUGAGAGAGCAGGCAUCAAAUUUCAGCCAAUUCAGUUGGUAUUUGUGCUUCACAGCGUAACUUCAGGGUUCCUCUGUUAGUAUCACGCAGCCCUAUUGUUAUUGGAAUCGUACACAGCAGUGAGAGGCCAACCAUGCUAUCAUGACUGUGCUGGUUUUAUGAAAGAGCUUGCCCCAAUUGUCCCACUGCACCUGCUCUUUGCCUAAAGGCCCUGAAAACAUUUCCCCUUCAAUUAUAUAGCCAAACCAAUACCUUAUGCCUUAACCAAUAAAUGCAAAAACAGUAUCUGUUCAUGGUCAUACUGCCAUUUGUGGGAGCUUGCUGUGCAUAAAUUGCCUGCUGUAUUAGAGAUAUUACGGUAGUGACUGCAGUUUCAAAAGAAACACUGCAUUUGUUGCAAAUCACUGCGACAUCCUAAAGGCGUUGAAAGGCCUUGUGCAAGUGCACCUUGUGAUUUCUAAACCUAUAGAGGGCUUUUGAUGGAAUAGCUAAACGUUUCUACUUUUCUUUAUUUGAAAGUUAUUAUGGCAACUGCUUCCACCAUCUUUUCAGGGGCUGGGCUGCUGCUAUGGGUUUGAUGAGUGAAUGAUCCAUGCCAGUCUUCCCAAGGUAUUAGUGUCUGUGAUUGGCAGUGUAUUGGAUGGUUUUGGCUCUGGAUUAGUUGCAAUUGGUUUGUCAGAUAAUCAGGCUUCUCACUGGACUUUGCUGCUAUCGAUCUGGCUGGGGGCUGGAUACACACAGACUUGCUUGCAGUUUGUUUGCAGGUGGAUAAUUUUCAUGGUUCUCAUUGGCCACUGCGCUCUUUAUUUGUGUAAUUUGCACUUUAAUUGACCUGUAGAUAGCGACGCUCCUUGAGAGAUUGGGCUGUUAGUUUGGAAUUUAUUAUCAUUACUUCGUCUUGGUGAGGAGAGGCUGGUAGUGGAGGACACACAGUGUUAGUGCAACUUGCAGUCCUGCAUGCUCACACACACUGAAUUCCCCACUUUUGGACCGGUCUCCCUUGCAGCUGUUUCUUUAUAGGUCCCUUGACAGAGAAAUGGGAAAGGUUGGGGUUCUCCAUCCCAGAAAGGAGGAGGCCGAGAGCUGAAUGGAUUGAUGCCAUCAAAGUUAUGAAGAGGUUCAAUAGGACAGAAGUAGCGAAGAUGUUUCCACUUAUAGGGAGGAUCGCUAAGAAUGCAAAGUGAAGUACAAUGAGAAAAUAAUUUGCAGGAUGACAGGCAAAAGGCUAGGAAGUGGGACCCCUCCUCCCCCCACCGAGCUGCUCUUGUAGAGAGCCAGCAUGAACAUGAGAUAGGGCUGAACUGCCUUCUUUUGUGUUGUAACCAUUCUAUGAUGUUAUGGUGAUCACUAAUAAAUUCAGUUGGGAAACUGACAGAAAUGUCUUUACUGAGAGUGUGGUUAGAAUUCGGAACUUGUUACCACAGGGAGUGAAUGAAGUACCAAUGUAUUUAAGAUGAAGCCCAAAAAGUAUCUAAUGAAGAAUGGAAUAGUAAGAUAGGCUGACAGUGUAUGAUGAAGUAAAAUGGGAGGAGGCUCAUGUAGGCCAUAAACACGAGUGGCCUGUUUUUAUGCUGUAAAUAAUAUGUAUUUUAACUACGUCAACUGUAAAGCUUUAAUGCAGACUCUGGGCACUAGGUGGCUCUGUGGUACGGGUUCCUAAAGUGUGCCAACUCUACCAUUUUGCAUAUGUUAUAUUCAUCAGCUGACCGUGGAUAUUGAUAUUGGAAAUGUACUAGCCUCAGUAAAAACCCAAUCCCCCCAUACAACCUCAGGAAUAAAUUCCUUGCCAGGCAGAGUACUGAGCCUGAAAGGGCAAACUGAUAGCGAGUUUUGAGAAAAUUUGUAGCUCAGGUUGAGGUUCUGGAUGUGAGUUUGCUCACUGAGCUGCAAGGUUAGUUUUCAGACGUUUCGUCACCAUUCUAGGUAACAUCAUCAGUGGAACCAUCCCAAGGAAGCCUAACCAGAUAAAUAGAAAGCGGGACAUAACACCAGCGCUUCGUCGGAGGCUCACUGAUGAUGUUACCUAGAAUGGUGACGAAACGUCUGAAAACUAACCUUCCAGCUCAGCGAGCAAACUCACAUCCAGGGCAAACUGAUCUCUGCGCAGACUUGUUCCAGAACUCACCAGCCAAUGCUCCAUGCUGGGCAACAUCAUUAUGAGUCACUGUUAUGUGGGCGCAUGGUUGGACUUGGUUGCGAUGCCUCCCAUGGUUAAACAGCCAGACUAAUGCAGCAUAGGGGGUUGUAGAGUUACACAGCACAGAAACAGACUGUUCAGUCCAACUCAUCCAUGCUGACCAGAUAUCCUAAACUGAUCUAGUCCCUUUUGCCAGCAUUUGGCGCAUAUCACUCUAAACCCUUCCUUUACAUCCAGAUGCCUUAUAAAUAUUGUAAUUGUACCAGACUCCACCACCUUCCUCUGGCAGUUUAUUCCAUAUAUACACCACCCUCUGUGUGAAAACGCUACCCCUCAGGACCCUUUAAAAUUUUUCCCCUCUCAUCUUAAACCUACACCUCCUAGUUUUGGACUCCCAACCUGGGAAAAAGACUUUGGCAAUUCACCCCAAUCCGUGUCCCUCAUAAAUUUAUAAACUUCAAUAUGGCCAGUCCUCAGCCUCCGAAGCUCCGGGGAAAAUAGCCCCAGCCUAGUCAUCCUCCCCCUAUAGCUCACACCCUGGCAACACCCUUGUAAAUCUUUCGCGGACCCUUUCAAGUUGAACAACACCUUUGAUAUAGCAGGGAGACUAGAGCUGAAGACAGUGUUCAAAAAGUGGUCUCACCUCAGCAAUGCAGCCUCCAGCUUUCAGAGGAGUUUGCACCAAACACAGCAGCUGUACAGGACAUGGCUGAGGACAGGCACAAGACUCAGAUGAAAAAUCAGAAAAUAACACUUGUUAACAAAAAAGCGUGCGGUGCAAACUAAUCUUCAGAUCCUGGAAAAAUUGGGAAGAAAGACAUGCAUUUAUUUAAUACCCUUCACAUCCUUUACAGCCAUGAGAAUUUUUAUUUUUGCUGUGUACUCACUGCUUUAGUGUAGGGAACACCCAGAAGUUGAUUUCUGCACAGCAAUCUCCCACAAACAGCAAGGAGACGAUGACCAGAUAGCCUCUUUGAUCACGAUGUUGGUUGGCAGAUAAAUAUUGGCCAUGGCAUCAAAAUUCCCAUAUCCUUCAAGAUAUUGCCAAGGGAUCUUUUACAUUUACUUGGGAGGCCAGGCAGGAUUUUGGUUUGAUGACUGCAAGAGAUGCCUCACUUGUUCUGCAGUAUUCCCUCGGUACUGCACAAGAUUCCAUUCAAGUUUCUUGCCUGAAAUUUGAACUUCCCUUACUCGGGCCAAGAGUUCUGCCCAUUGAGCCACGGACGCAAUCCUAUUUGUUUUAUUAGUCAGUGUAAAAUAAGGCAGACUAUAGGGCAAAUCAGUGAAAAACUAGGGGGAAUAAAAGAUUUUGGGGAAUAUUGGCUCGAGUUUUUUUGUUGCAAAAGACAUUUGGAAUGGGGUGCGUAGUAUGUACUAAUCUAACCACCUCUGGAAGUUCUGGGGAAACACUGAAGUGUUUGCUUCAUUUGUCCAAGCUUUCCCAGUCCCAUCAUUGAUGAGUGAAGAGGUUUCCAGUUGAUACAAGACAAUCAGCCAUCAAUCCCACAGGGAAUUAAGGAGAAACUUCCUUAUCAGACAGAGAAGGAUGACAAUGUGGAACACACUAGUGCUUGAGGUGAAUGACAAAGAAGCAAAUAAAGAGAAGGGGAUACACACAGGAAGAAGAAAGGAAAGAAUGCUGACGGGGGUUAAAUGAGUAAAGGUUUUGAAAGGCUUUUGUACAGCUAGAUCUGACAGAAAAGAACAGUGGUAUUUCAUGACCAGUGGUAGAUUUGAUUUGGAUGCUGUUUUCUCCUGAAUCUGCACUUUGGUUAAUGCUUUAGAGGUGGGCCACUAAUUGUGUACAGUCACGAGAUUACCUAGUAAUUCAGAACUGAUAAUCUAUUUGAUUAUCAAUUGGUCCAUUUGAGACUUGGAAUUCAGUUUAAAUUUUGAACUCAGAAAUCUAAAACAAAACACAGCUCAACUGGUUCACUCCUGUCGGUUCUGGAAAGUUGCUAGCUGUCUAACAUGUGUGGGACUCCUGCCUCACACUGGCAGAAUAAAGUGACCAGCGAGCCACUCAGCAGUGUCAAAGGUUUUCAGAGGCAGCCUUGCCAAUGGUACCUGUGUCUCAAGACUUAGUUUACAAUCAUUGGUCAUUAUUGGUAACCUUGUGUGCUAUUUGAUCAAGGGAUCCAUAUAAUGCUGGAUCCAAAUUUAACUGGAGAGCCCCAGGAGGUCUAAUUCUGUUCUAACACUUGCUUCUCAGUAAAAGUGUUGGCAGGCCUCACGAGUCCAGGCGCAAAAAGAAACCCAGGCUGCAGUGACAAUGUUUUGUACUUAGAGAUGUCGCCAGCAUGCCAUCUGAAAUUCUGGUGACAUCUUGUGGCAGAAUAUUGAUAGAUCCCUGUAGACUUUGUUAACAUUCUCCAGAAUCCCAGCUACAUGUGGAAAGAGGGCUAAGAGAAGCCUUUUAGCCUUUUCAAGUGUAUUAUCCAACUAUUUCCUGGCCAUGCUAUCUUCAGGGAAAGGCAUCCCCUCUGUCCUCCUACAAAACAGGCAAUUUGCAUGCAAACAAAACUCAGAAAUUCCUUGUGGGAAUCCCCUAUCACUGGCAGUGCAGGGCUGAGGGGAGAGCUGCACUGUCAAGAGGUGUCCUGUCUUGGCCAUUGUUAUCUUUCAUCUAGUGUCACUGAGACAUAUUCUCUGAUCAUUGUCGGAUUGGGAGCUUGCUGUGUUUGGUUUGUAACUAGAGGGAAAUACCCUCAGGAACUUGUCAGGUUUUGGCCUUGAGCUGUCAUGGUGUCAGGACCUACAUUUGAAAUGACAAUGUGGUACAAUACAUUUAAUCAUGAUACAAAGCCUGGAGACAUGAAAGGAUCCCAUUUUAAUUAUUACUAUUAGCAUUAGAAUGUACAUUUACAAUUUUUUUUGACAUAUAACAAAGGCACGGUCUUUGUGUUUACCUAUUUGUACAAAGCAGAGCUGUGAACUUCUCUCCACGCAGUGUGACAACGUUUUGUUGAGGUUCAGUUCCACGGAUUCUGAAUGUCCUGGCCUGAGGUGAACCUUUUCCCCACAUGGACAUUUCGAAGUAUCCCACCCAGACCCAUCCCACUGUAACCCACACACCCCUGAACACUGCGGGCUAUUUAGCAUGGCCGAUCCACCUAGUCCUCACACCUUUGGACUGUGGGAGGAAGACAGGUUGAAGGAAGAGUGAAAGUAGGAAAUUUUAAAUCAGCUCUGAGGAAGGAGUCAUUCGACCCCAAACGUUAAGUCUCGUUAUUUCCUCUCUGCACAAAUGAUGCUGAGCUUCUCCAGCAAUUUCUGUUUUGUUUCUGAUUUCCAGCACCCGCGGUUCUUACGGCUUUCACUUUAAAGUCAGUGUCUGUGAUCUCACCCCUGUAAAGGUCGAGUGUCUCUGACUGAUCCCAUCUGUAAAUUAAUUCUGCAGUCACUGUGGCGAAUGUUGAUUUGAAACUCAUUACCAUUGGAAAGCUGCAUCGCAGCUUUCAGAAGUGCCUUUCAUUGAUCACUUUCAUUAAAUCACCAACUGUUGAUGUUCGUCCAGUUGUUUUAUCUCUCCCUCUCUCUAUAUGUCCUCACUCUCCACCGCUUGUUCAGAGCCUGCUAGUGCGUGUGUGUGUCUGGCUGUUUUGUCCAGGUCGUCCCUGCUUGUAUCCUUUUCUCUCCUUUUAUGUUGUGCCAGAUUUCAAAGGUAACCAGCCUCCUAGGAGUCUUCCUGUGCCAUUUAGUUCCAGCUGAGGCUCAGUGGGCAGCCCCUUGAGUCAGAAAGUUGCAGCAUGUAACGCCAGGGACCUGAAAGUACAGCCUAGACUGACACUUCAGGGCUCUACGGUGGGGUGUGUGUGUGUGUGUGUGUG